UCCAAUUUGUCUGAAAAUUUCAUUUUCUUGUCAGAUAUCAUAUUGUCACCAAUGUUCAGUAUUUUCGUUACCUACUUGAUUUUCUCUUCCUCAAGACAAUUACCGAACUAUAAACAGGGUUGUUUUCAAUUUUCAUCAUUGAAUUCUUCAUAAAUUCCAAUCAUAUAUGGAAUUUUGGUUCGUUAAAUAACACCAAAUUUCAUCAAAUUGUUCUUCUAUUGAACACACUUCUAUGUCAUCAGACCAAGUACCAGCUUAUUUUGAAAUGGAAUUAAGGGGAGGGUUGGUUUUGCAAACUCAGUCUGAAAAAUGAAGUUAUCCAACUCUUUAGCAUAUUCAUGUGUUGAUUUUGUGUGUUUCGGUAACAGCAUAAGUUCUCAGAAGUUGGAAGGUAUUGAAUCAAAUUUGAAAUGGCUUCACCAUUGGAGAUUGAUGAAGUGAAUGAAAACAAAGGUAGUAUGUGGGAUUUGGAACAAAAAAUUGACCAACCAAUGGAUGAAGAAGCAGGAAGACUCAGAAAUAUGUACAGAGAAAAAAAAUUUUCUGCGCUUUUGCUUUUAAGGCUCGCAUAUCAGAGUCUUGGUGUAGUAUAUGGAGAUUUGGGAACUUCACCUUUAUACGUUUUCUAUAACACAUUUCCUCAUGGAAUUGAACAUCGGGAGGAUGUGGUCGGAGCUCUUUCUUUGAUCAUAUACUCUCUUACUCUUGUGCCACUGCUCAAAUAUGUUUUUAUUGUAUUAAGAGCGAAUGAUAAUGGCCAAGGUGGAACAUUCGCUCUUUAUUCCUUGCUCUGCCGACAUGCGAAUAUAAAAAUCAUACCAAACCAGCACCGUACGGAUGAAGAGUUGACGACGUACAGCCGGACUGCAUUCCAUGAGAAGUCAUUUGCAGCAAAAACUAAAAGAUGGUUAGAGGAACAAGCAUUUAUUAAAAGUACUAUUCUUAUUCUUGUCCUUGUUGGUACCUGCAUGGUGAUUGGAGAUGGUAUUCUUACCCCAGCUAUAUCUGUUUUAUCUGCUGCUGGUGGCAUCAAGGUAAAUCGCCCUGAAAUGGAUAGUGGCGUGGUUGUGCUUGUUGCCGUUGUAAUAUUAGUUGGACUAUUCAGCAUGCAACAUUAUGGUACAGAUAGAGUUGGUUGGCUCUUUGCUCCAAUUGUUUUGCUUUGGCUUCUCUUAAUUGGAGGUAUAGGUAUGUACAAUCUCUCGAGAUUUGGUGGCAAUGUCCUAAAAGCCUUUUCACCUCUCUAUGUGUAUCGAUAUCUAAGAAACGGACGCAAAAAAAGUUGGCUUUCACUUGGUGGAAUCUUGCUCAGUAUAACAGGGACAGAAGCUCUCUUUGCCGACUUAGCUAAUUUUCCAGUCUCAUCCGUACAAAUUGCAUUUACUCUUAUUGUGUUUCCUUGCCUUCUUUUGGCAUAUUCUGGACAGGCUGCUUAUCUGGUGGAUAACUUGGAUCAUUAUCAAGAUGCUUUUUAUCGUAGUAUUCCAGAUAGAAUAUACUGGCCAGUAUUUGUUAUUGCAACACUAGCAGCAAUAGUUGCAAGCCAAGCCACAAUAACUGCAACCUUUUCAAUCAUUAAGCAAGCUCUUGCUCAUGGAUGUUUCCCUAGAGUCAAAGUCGUACAUACAUCGAAAAAGUACCUUGGCCAGGUAUAUAUUCCGGAUAUCAAUUGGAUCCUUAUGGUUCUUUGCAUUGCCGUCACUGCCGGCUUUAAAAAUCAAAGUCAGAUUGGAAAUGCUUAUGGCACUGCAGUUGUGUUAGUCAUGCUGGUUACAACACUGUUGAUGAUUUUGGUCAUGAUAUUAGUUUGGCACUGUCAUUGGAUUCUUGUCGUUGUAUUCACCGGCUUAUCAUUGAUUGUUGAAUGCACAUACUUCUCUGCUGUACUCUUCAAAGUCGAUCAAGGUGGAUGGGCACCCCUUGCAAUUGCCGGAGUAUUUCUGAUUGUAAUGUAUGUUUGGCAUUACGGUACGGUGAAGCGCUACGAGUUUGAAUUGCAUAGCAAAGUCUCAAUGGCAUGGAUUCUCGGUCUCGGUCCCAGUUUAGGACUAGUUCGUGUCCCUGGAAUCGGCCUAGUCUAUACAGAGCUUGCAAGUGGAGUUCCCCACAUAUUUUCUCAUUUCAUUACAAACCUACCAGCACUCCAUUCCGUUGUGGUUUUCGUGUGUGUGAAAUAUCUUCCUGUCUACACUGUCCCGGAAGAAGAACGGUUUCUUGUCAAGCGUAUCGGACCAAAGAAUUACCACAUUUUUCGGUGCGUGGCACGAUAUGGAUAUAAAGACCUACAUAAAAAAGACGAUGAUUUCGAAAAGAAACUCUUCGAUAACCUUUUCAUGUUUGUUCGACUUGAGUCAAUGAUGGAAGGUUGCUCAGAUUCAGAAUACAGCUUAUGUGAACCGCAAAAUGAACAAUCAAGAGAAUUCAUGUUAAAUAACAAUGGAAACACAACUUCAAUGAGUAAUGUGGAUUUUUCAGUUUCAUCGGUAGAUUCAAUAGUUCCUGCAAGAUCACCAUCACAUGUGAAUGUUGUUACUUUUCAAUCUUCUAGUCACUGUACCGACAUUGAUGAACUUGAAUUUUUAAACAGUUGUAGAGAAGCCGGUGUUGUUCACAUACUUGGAAACACAGUUGUGAGGGCUAGUAGGGAUUCAAGAUUCUACAAGAAAAUAGCUGUUGAUUAUAUAUAUGCAUUUCUUAGGAAAAUAUGCAGAGAAAAUAGUGUGAUCUUCAAUAUUCCUCACGAGAGUCUCUUAAAUGUUGGUCAAGUUUUCUAUGUAUAGUCAUUUUUUGUUUUUCCUUUGGAUAAAGAACAAUAAGAUUAUUCAUCAUUUUGUGACUGCAAUUUUUGUGCAGAGUUAAAGUUUCUUGUUUAGAAUUCAUAUGUACAGGAUUUGUUAAGAUAUGACAUUUGUGAAUGCCAAAUAUAGCAUAAGAACAAAUACUUUUUGGUAAACUAGUGUAAAGAUUUUAUGUGUAUAGGAUCUAUAUCAGAGAAUGGCUUAAACAUUUAAUUAUAUAUUUUUCUUUUCAAA